AUGUCGGAGCGGCGGGCGCGGGGGCCGCUCCAGCGGGUGCAGCGCCGGAGCCGGGAGCUGCGGGAGCAGGUGGAUGCGCUGCGGGCGGAGAGCGCGGCCGCCACCCCCGGGCAGCGGGAGGCCCUUCGGCAGAGAUGUAUCCAGCUGAAGAAACUGGUGGAGGAGAACACGAGUGCUCUCCAUGCUUUGAAAAAAGCUGACGAGCCUGCACCGGUGGGGAAUUACAACCAGAGGAAGGAAGAAGAGGAAAAGCUGUUGCUAAAACUCUCCCAGCAGCUGCAGAAACUCCUCCUUGUCUUGGGUCAGGAUAACGUGACAAAGUAUUACAGAGUGGAUGAGAAAGGUCCUCAUGGAGAAGAUGGAAACGAAGAAGAGGAGGAGAGUGAAGAUGAAGAAAGUAGUGAGGAGGAAGACAGUGAAGAAGAAGAAGAUGAGGAGAAGUUGUUGGAUGAUCCAAACGUUAAAGAAUGUGUUGCUGUUGGAAACUUUGAGGCACAGCAGGAAGGGGAUCUCACAUUUGAGAAAGGUGAAAUCCUGCUUAUCCACGACAAGAAGGUGGAUGGCUGGUGGGUGGCUGAAAAUUCCAAGGGGGAGAGAGGCCUCGUUCCCAGGACCUACCUUGCGGUUCCCAAGAAAGAGGAAGAAAGCCAGGAGGAGAGGGAGGAACACGUAGAAGUGGUGGAUGAAACAGCAGAUGGGACUGAAAUUAAAAGGAGGACAGACUCUCACUGGAGUGCUGUACGAGCCAUCACAGAGCAUGACACAGUGGAGGUACUGACCACCAUAGGAGCAGUUCCCACAGGAUUCCGCCCGUCCACGCUUUUCCAGCUCCUAGAGAAAGACGAUGAGUUUCGAGCGAGUUCCUACUUGCAGCCCGAGCUGACUCCAUCCCAGCUGGCUUUCAAAGACCUGGUGUGGAACUCUGAAAAAAACACUAUCCAUCCCAGAGCCACCAGAGUGUCCCAGGUGGUGAGUUUGUGCAGCUGCAAGAUGAUCCCUGUGCCAGGAGCCAGCGUGCAGGUGCUGAGCAGGCACGUCCGGCUCUGCCUGUUCGACGGCACGCGGGUGCUGAGUAACAUCCACACGGUGAGGGCCACGUGGCUGCCUAAAAAUCCUCAGACAUGGACCUUUUCUCCAAGGGUGAUGGGCCUCUUACCCAGCUUGCUGGAUGGUGACUGCUUUGUCAGGUCCAACUCCCUGUCAUCAGACAUUGGGAUAUUAUUUGAGCUCGGCAUCGCUUACACGUGCAAUUCAACAGGUGUAAGGGGAGAGCUGAGCUGUGGCUGGGCAUUCCUGAAGCUUUUCACUUCCAAUGGGAUUCCUGUCCCUUCCAAGAUGCACGAGCUGCUGCUGAGUGGUGGAACUCCCUACGAGAGAGGUGUCGAGGUGGACCCUUCAAUAUCAAGAAGAGCAGGUGCUGGGGUUUUCCAUCAGUUCAUGGCACUCAGGAAACAGCCUGUGCUGCUGGUGAAGCUGAGGGCACCGAGUGUGCAGGCCAGAGAGGUCCUGAAUUUUCUGCCAGAAACGUUAAUUGGGAGCACGAGCCACGUCCCUCUCUUGGCGUUUUAUCGGCAAAUCCUCGGAGACGCCCUCCUGAGGGACAGGACGAGCGUGCAAAGCACAGACUUAAUCUGUAAUCCUGUUUUAGCAACUUUCCCUCAGCUCGUGGAUCAGCCAGACCUGAUGGAUGCGCUUCGGAGUGCUUGGGCAGACAGAGAAAGAACGUUGAAGAGGACUGAGAAGAGAGAUCAAGAAUUCCUGAAGUCUGUGUUUGUCCUGGUGUACCACGACUCCGUCUUCCCUCUCCUCCAGUCCACGUUCCUCCCCAGCUACAAGUGGGCUGAGGAGGAGGCAGAAAUGUCCCGCUGGAAGGCGAUCCAUGACUUCUUGAGGAAGAGCCGGGAGAACGACGGCGCUCUGCAGUACCUGCUGUCCUCAGAAACCACCCACAAAGCCUUUGACAUCUCAGAGCUGGCUUAUGAUUUCUUAGGAGAAGGGAGGAAAAAUCCUGGAGAAUUAAUGGAUUAAAGAACAAUUCAGCCUCUCUGAGGACAGGGUAACAACACAAAUAAAUUCUUACCAAAGGGACCGUA